AUGAGCAGACCAGAAGAACCAAAAGUAACAAGACUUCGAACAUUCUCAUCUACUCAAAAACGGAGACCAAGCAAGAAGAAUUCUUUGAUUUCUCUGAGCACAAAAUCAAAAAACAAUUCCAUUUCAUUUCAAUUUAAUACCCCAAAGGCUCCAAGCACUUCUAAAAACCCUUCUUCAAAGCGAAAGAUCGAAAUUUUUUUCCCUGAUAAUAACAAUUCAUUUAACUCCAGCUUGUCUUCAACGAAUAAAUCUCUCAAUUCAAGCAGAAAAAUAAGCAGGGCAAGUUUUAGUAGGGAUGAUUCAAUGCAAGUAAAACCGAGCCCAAGAACGCUUAAGCUACGGAAAAAGAUUGACCCAGAUGAAGUUCUAAAACAGUCAAAAUUACCGUUACCUCCUCAGGAGGCAUUAAAGCAGUUCGGAAAUUUUAUGAAUAAGUAUGAGCAAGAAGAAAUUUUAGAAUUCGAACAAAUUUAUUACAUUGGAUUUAAAUCAAGCAAGACUAAGCCUGAUAUAAAUGCGAACAAUUAUGGCUAUGAUGAUGAAAGAUCUGACUAUAAACUAGUUGUUGGUGACCAUGUAGCUUAUAGAUUUGAAAUAAAACAGAUUUUAGGGAAAGGGUCGUUUGGGCAAGUAUGCAAGUGUUUAGAUCAUAAAACCAACCAAGAAGUUGCGCUGAAAAUUAUCAGAAAUGAGAAAAGGUUCCAUAGGCAAGGAAAAGUAGAAAUAAAAAUAUUACACCAUAUUAAGUACCACGACAAAGAAGAUGCCCAUUGUGUUCAUAUGCAGAAUUAUUUUGUUUUUCGUUCUCAUAUUUGUUUAACAUUUGAGCUGCUUAGCAUUAAUUUAUAUGAACUUUUGCGCAGCAACGGCUCAAAUGGGUUUUCUUUGUCUUUGGUCAGAAGGUUUGCUAUACAGCUGUUAGCUUCAUUAGCAUUUCUAUCAGAGCAUAAAAUAAUCCAUUGCGACCUCAAGCCAGAAAAUAUUUUAUUAAAAAACCCUACAAAAUCUGGCAUAAAAAUAAUUGAUUUUGGCUCUUCUUGUUUUGAGCAUGAAAAACUGUACACUUAUAUACAAAGUCGCUUCUACAGAGCCCCAGAAAUAAUUCUUGGGCUUCCCUAUUCUAUGGCAAUUGAUAUGUGAUCUUUAGGCUGUAUCUUAUCAGAACUCCACUCAGGGUAUCCUCUCUUUGCAGGUGAAACUGAGCACGAGCAAUUGCUCUGCAUCAUGGAAAUCAAAGGAAUCCCUCCAGUAGCCUUACUAAAAAAAGCUACUAAGACUGAGCUAUUUUUUGAUAGCGAAUUAAACCCAAAAAUAAUUGCAAAUAGUAGAGGGAAAAAGAGAUAUCCUGGGACUCGAAGUUUACAAGAAAAAUCAAUGUCAAGCGAUAAGAAAUUUUUGAAUUUUAUUGAGCGUAAAAUUUAGUUAGGGUGCAUUGAUUGGAAUCCAGAUACUAGAAUGACUCCUCAGGAGGCUGCGUUCCAUCCAUGGAUACAAGAAGGAUUUGAAGGACUUCGAACGCUGAGAAGCUCAACUGGUUCGAGGGGGGAUGGAUAUUAA